AGCCCUAAAGAAGAAGGAGAAGAAGGAGAAGUGUUCCCGGUUGAUCCUCCGCUCAGACCGGAAAGAAGAGAACAUAGAUACAUUUACAGUAUAUAUAUAUAUAUAUAUAUAUCUAUCUAUAUAUAUGUAUCUAUAUCUAUGAGAAGAGAAGAUGAACGCGCCUCCCGCCUUCGAGUCGUUCCUGCUGUUUGAAGGAGAGAAGAAGAUCUGCAUCACCAAAGACACCAAGGUCCCAAACGCCUGUCUGUUCACUCUGAAUAAGGAGGACCACACGCUGGGCAACAUCAUCCGAGCUCAGCUGUUGAAGGAUCCUCAGGUUCUGUUUGCUGGUUAUAAAGUUCCUCAUCCUCUGGAACACAAAAUCGUCAUCAGAGUGCAGACAACACCGGACUACAGUCCACAGGAGGCGUUUACGAACGCCAUCACUGACCUGAUCAGCGAGCUGUCUCUGCUGGAGGAACGCUUCAGAGUCGCUAUCAAAGACAAACAGGAAGGCAUUGAGUGAUGAUGUCACUUCCUGUCUCACUAUGGGUUGUUUUGUAAAUAAAGUGUGUGAUGUCACAGCA